AUUUAUCGACAUGGAACAGUCGACGACGCACGAAUGUUCAGCGUUUCUUAAUGGAACGCAACCAAAUUUUAAUGAAGAUCAGGUCUACAUUUCAAAGAAACGGUUAAAUGUUUUUUAUUGAAUUUUUUAAAAUUAAUCUAUUAAGUAUGGUUAAUUAAUUAGUAUUUUCCAAGUUUGUUCUAUAGAAAAUGUUCUUUUUCUUUUUUUGUUUGUUCUACCAUGAACUAGUCAAAUAUUAUAAAAAAUAUCAAAAAUUACAUAAGUAAUUAAUAAAAAAGAAAAUUUUAUACGUUUUCUUAUUCUUUCUUUCUUUUCCCGUUUAUGCUCAACAGAACGGAUCGUAAGAAGAGUAAAUUUUGGUGGUUUAGAAGAACUUUUUUGGAGCGUUCUCUUAUUCUGAUUGUUCUAUUCUUCCUUCUCGCUCUUAUUGUUACGGUAAUAGUCGCUGCUAGAAGAUCAUCAGGCUCAGAUUACUUCGACCCAAGUGGAACUUGCUUAAAAGAAGAGUGUGUCAGCGCGGCGGCGAGAAUAAUUGAAGCCAGAGAUUUGACUGUCAAUCCCUGCGACGACUUUUACGAAUAUGCUUGCGGUAAUUGGAGGAAAAGGAAUGUCGUACCGGAAGACCAGUCCAGUUAUACGAUGUUUACGGCGUUGAAUGAACGCCUUGAUAGGCUUUUGAAAGGCAAGUCAAUUUCCUGUAUCCUUUUUUUCCAGUUUACAAUUCCGCAUUGGUAGGUUGGCGUUGGCGUUUGAAUGUCAUAGAAAACUUUUAGUAAAUAGUAAACCGCCUACGAACUUUUUCUAAUGGUCCGAAAUAGUUUUUUUUAUAUUUUUUUAACGGAUUUUUUAUGAUAAUUGCAUACGAACUACUUGUAACCAUGACCAUCUUUUUGACAGAACUGAUAGAAAACAACGAAUAUUUAAACACGCUAGCACCUAUCCAAAAAGUACGAACACUGUAUAAUUCGUGUUUAAACACGACGAGAAUAGAAGAUCGGGGUCUUCAACCUUUGACCGAUCUCCUAUCAGAUCUCGGCGAAUGGCCUGUGCUGAACCCUCACUGGACAUCACAAGGGAAAAAUUGGAUUGAUACUUUGGUUAAACUUCGUCUGUUUAAUAACCAACCUCUAUUCAAAACCUGGGUUCAUGCCGACGAAAGAGAGCCGCUUAAGAACAUUCUUCAGAUUGAUCAAGCUGAGCUGGGUUUACCAACUAAAAACUUUUUCAAACAAAAAUCGAAAACGGACGCCUAUUUGAAAUUUAUGAAGGAUGUUGCAAAUCUGCUUCAAGCUUCGCGAGAGAGAGCGGACGAGCAUCUCGGCGAAGUUCUUCGAUUUGAAAAACGACUUUCGGGAUUCUUGGCAGAGGAAGCAUCGAGGCGUGACCUUAAAAAGAUGUAUAAGAAGAUGACUUUGAAGGAAUUGUCAAGAAAUACGACGAACAUAGACUGGAUGAGAUUCUUUACAAAAGUUUUUCAAAGUGUUAAUAUCAACAUAACACAAGAGACCGAAGUUGUUGUAUAUAACUUAAAGUAUCUAAUCGAUUUGGAUUCUCUUAUUGCGGAAGAAAAGGCCAAUACCGAUGCCGAACCAUUAUUUGAGACCACCAUUCAAAAUUACGUAGUAUGGUUAAUGGUUAAGAAUCGUUUAAAAAAUAUGGGUAAAAAAUAUUCCUCAGCCAGACUACCAUUUCGCGAGGUUAUGUUUGGAACGACCCAAGAACAGGCUAGGUGGCGAGAUUGCGUAACCGUAACAAACAACUUUUUGGGUUUCGCAACAAGUCGCCUAUUUGUUGAUAGAUAUUUUGAUGAAUCGUCUAAAAAAGUUGCCCUGGAGAUGAUUGGAAAAGUUCGCGACUCUUUUAAUGAGAUCCUGAAAGAACUUGACUGGAUGGACGAUGAGGCCCGUAAAACUGCAAAAGAAAAAGCUGAUGCUAUUAGGGAUAGUAUCGGGUAUCCGGAGUUUAUUCAAAAUAAUACGGCUUUGAAUAAUUAUUAUAAAAGUGUAACCGUCAAUGAAUCUAAUUACUUUGAAAAUUAUCUGGAAUUCCUAAAAUUUACAACAAGAAGAGAUCUAAGUAGAUUAGAUAAACCAGUUGAUAAAACAAUCUGGCACACACCACCGACCACUGUAAACGCCUUCUAUAAUCCUAUGUUUAAUAUGAUAACUUUUCCUGCUGCCAUACUGCAACCGCCUUUUUAUAAUGAAAACUUCCCAAAGUAUAUUAACUAUGGAGGCAUAGCAACCGUCAUCGGUCAUGAAAUCACUCAUGGUUUCGACGAUCGAGGUCGGUUAUUUGAUAAGGAUGGAAAAAUGAGAACAUGGUGGUCUGACGAAGUUGUAAAAAAGUUCGAAAAAAGGGCUAGCUGCAUAAUAAACCAAUACGGAAAUUAUCUGGUCGAAGAAGUCAAUAAAACGAUUAAUGGAGUACAGACUCAAGGGGAAAACAUUGCUGAUAACGGCGGUUUAAAGCAGGCUUUUCGAGCCUACAAGAAGCUUGUGAGGGAGGGUUUAAGAGAGCAAGUUCUACCAGGUAUUGAUUUGAACCCUGAUCAAUUAUUCUUUUUAAAUUUUGCUCAGGUCUGGUGUGGUUCUGAACGAAAAGAGUAUUCUAUGCAGACACUAACCAACGGAAAACACAGUCCUGGAAGAUUUAGGGUUAUUGGAACUCUACAAAACUCUGGAGACUUUGCGAAAGCAUUUAAAUGCGCCAACGGAAGUCCAAUGAAUCCUGAAAAUAAAUGUUCUUUAUGGUGACUGCGCUCGACUUGAAUGGUCCCUUACAGCUUGCUUUUUCCUCCCUCAACCAAAUCUACUUCUGCUCCUCCUGUUUCUCCAUCAUGGUUUUCUCCCUUCUUCUCUAUUGCUCUUCAGAUAUAUUAAAAAUAUAGUUCAACCUUAAGAAAUCGUCGCUACGUCACCGAAGAAAAAAUUUCUGCUGUUUUACUAAAAAGAGAAUUAAAAAAAAAACAUAAAAAGAAACAAAAAAAUCAUUAAUUUUUUCAAUAAGUUUCCAAAUAUUUUUUAGUUGAGAAAUUUGAAAGUUUGCUUGAAUUUCGUUUAUUUUCUCUCCUCCUUUCUCUCCUUUUCCAUUGCUAUCUUGUAUAAAAACAGAUUUAAAAAAAACAGAAAAACAGAAAAAAAAAAUCCAAAGAGACUAAUUCUUUUGGUAUUAAUGUUUAAAAAAAUACUAUAUACUAAUGAACUAAGUGUAAUGAUAUAAAUAAUAUAUAUUGUAUAUAUAUAGUGUUUUUUAAACAAAGAUAUUUCAUUGUCUCUAAACUUUGUAAAUAUAAAAAAGGCUACAUUGUAAUUUGUGUGAUUUAAUUAACUAAUUAAUAAUUUCAUAAAAAUUCUUUUUUCAUAUAUUCUAUAAAAAUUUAGUUAGUUAAUUCCAUGUUUUAUUGCGUGUUAAAUAGAAUUCUUUAUAAUAAAAAAAACUACUAAUUUUUUAGAGAGAGAGAGACUGAUAUAAUGUAAAAGUUAAUUCUUUAUAUGCUCUAUUUUGUCCCUUUAACUUCCG